CGCGAAAAUUUUAUUAUCACUUUUUUAUUUUAGCUGCAUCUUCCCGCUUUGGGCAAACCCUAGAUUGUCUCGUUCAAUUAUUUCACUCGGAUUCCAACUUUAACCGAAUACUGCUUCGCAGAUCCUUUUCCGGUGGUUUUGGAAUCGUAUAUUUGCCUUUUUUUUUGUUUUGAGUCUGAGCUUCGGAGCUAUGGAUAUUCGCAAAAGAGGGAGAGUUGAAUUCGAUCCGAAUGCUAAUGGUGGACCGAAGAGAUCCAAGCCAGAAUUGGACUCCGUAUCAGGUGGUAUAGGCAGCAAAACGAAGCCUUGCACGAAGUUCUUCAGCAUGGCUGGUUGUCCCUUUGGUGAGAAUUGCCACUUCCUUCACUUUGUUCCUGGUGGCUUCAAAGCUGUAGCCCAGAUGAUGAAUCUCUCCCCUGCCCCCACCUUAAAGACAACAACAGGGCCACCACCGAACCAGAAUGGUUCUUCUUCAGUUGCUGUGAAGACCAAACUUUGCAAUAAAUUCAACAGUGCCGAAGGUUGCAAGUUCAAUGACAAAUGCCACUUUGCUCAUGGUGAAAAGGAGCUCGGCAGACCUAUUGCACACUCUCAAGAGGAUUCACGUGCGGUGGGACCUGUCACUCCCUACUUUGGUGCUCGAGCAGAACCACCUGUACAAGGACUUGCAGCCAGUUUCGGUGCCUCUGCCACAGCCAAGAUCAGUGUGGAUGCUUCUCUGGCUGGUGCCAUCAUUGGUAAAGCUGGAGUCAAUUCCAAGCAAAUCUGCAGACAAACAGGAGCCAAGCUAUCCAUUCGGGAUCAUGAAACAGAUCCCAGUCUAAGAAACAUUGAGCUAGAGGGCACAUUCGAGCAAAUUAAGCAAGCAAGUACGAUGGUGAGGGAGCUCAUUGUCAGCAUUGGAUCUAGUAAUACCCCUGCGAAAACUUUGGGAGGUGGUGGAGGCCCUCCGACCCCAGGAAGCAACUUCAAGACCAAGCUCUGUGAAAAUUUCUCGAAAGGCUCGUGUACAUUUGGAGAGCGAUGCCAUUUUGCCCAUGGUGCAGCUGAGCUACGUAAAACAGGUUUUUGAGUUAUCCCAUGCUUUUUUACCUUCCUACUAUUCUGUUAUGUUCCAUGAAUUAAUGUAGCAAACUUUACUUGUUAUUUAUUCCAGUUUUGAUUUUUGUGCAUUA